AGUAAAGUACCACCUUGGUGUGUUUCCCCUGCUUCAGGCCAGCUGCCAACCUGGGGUUCCGAGGUCUUCGGGAGCCCCCGGAAACCCCGCAGCCUCUCCUUCGACACCCUCAAAAGUCGGGUCCGGGACCUCUGGGAAGAGCUGGGUGUGGGCAGCUGCGGGCACCUCACAGAGCAGGAGCUGGCCCUGGUCUGCCAGACCAUCGGGCUCCAGGGCCUGGCGAAGGAGGAAUUUGAAGACCUGUUCAACAAGCUGGACCAAGAUGGGGACGGCAGAGUGAGUCUGGAGGAGUUCCAGCUUGGCCUGUUCAAUCAUGGGUCCCCUCGACCGCUGGAGCUGGCCCCGCUCGUCAAACUCAGCCAGUCCAGGUCUCAUUACCAGGUUCCGGAGGAGAGUGUCGGCCAGACCACCCCGUCGUCCCUCGUGUCUGUGUGCUCCGGCCCCCGCCUCUUCUGCAGCGUGGAUGACGGCAGCGGGUUCGCCUUCCCGGAGCAGAUCAUCUCCUUGUGGGCCCAGGAGGGCGUUCACAAUGGCAGGGAGGUCCUGCAGAGUCUUGACUUCAGUGUGGACGAGAAGGUGAACCUUUUGGAGCUGACCUGGGCCCUGGAGAAUGAGCUCAUGAUGGUGGACGGUGCCACCCAGCAGGCAGCCUUGGCCUGCUACCGCCAGGAGCUGAGCUUCUGCCAGGAGCAGGUGGAGCAGAUGGCCAGGGAGCGAGAUAAGGCGAGACAAGACCUGGAGAAAGCUGAGCAGAGGAACCUGGAGUUUGUGAAGGAGACGGACGACCUCCACUCCGCCCUGGAGCAGCUCGCGGAGGAGAAGGUCAG